UCGCUUCCCCACCCGACGGCCCGCCCUCAAAAACACCACCCGCCCUCUCCGUCUCUCGAGCUCCACCGCCACAAUACCAUUUCGUGCGCAAGAAUAAGGGAGAGAGCUCCAGGAAGAGCUCCCCUCCACCGGCUUCCCCGCCCCUCCUCCCAGUGAUCGCGCCUCCUCCCGAGCGUCCCAGCCGCGGUCGGGUCGUCGGGUUCGGCGCUGGUCCUGGUCCUGGUCCGGACCCUCCCAUGGCGUCGACGGAGCAGGAGGCGGCGGUCGAAGCGGCCGCCGUCGUGGAGGAAGUGACGCGGCAGCAGGGCAAAGGGUGCGGCGUCGCAGGAGGAGGGGAUACCGUUGGGUCCUGGAGGAACAUCGACAUUGCCUGGCGCAAGGCGGAUGAAGCUGCAAUAAGAAGGUAUGAGGCAGCCAACUGGUUGCGAAGGAUAGUUGGGGUAGUGUGUGCGAAGGACCUUGCAGAAGAGCCUUCCGAGGAGGAAUUCCGUAUUGGCCUGAGAAAUGGCAUUAUUCUCUGCAAUGCACUCAAUAAGAUUCAACCUGGUGCGGUACCCAAGGUUGUGGAGGUUCCAUCGGAUUCUACUGCUCCUGUCGAUGGUACAGCUCUCUGUGCAUAUCAGUACUUUGAGAAUGUGAGGAAUUUUCUCACUGGCAUGCAAGAUCUAGGUCUUACAACAUUUGAGGCAUCAGACCUGGAAAAGGGUGGACAAGGUGUUCGAGUUGUAGACUGUGUUCUUGCUAUGAAGUCGUUUUGUGAUGCUAAGCACGUGGGAAAACGAUCUCCAUUCAAAUAUGGUGGCAUUGUAAAGCCUUUGUCUGGAAAGUAUGUCAUUCGCAAGAAUAAUGAACCUUAUAUGAAGGUGAUGAUGAGGAGUCACUCAGCUGAAUUACUCCGGGAUGGCAUAUCACUGGAGCAAAUAGGUCUUGAUUUUUCUCUAGAACCCACUGAAACAACUGCUACUCCAGACUCCAUCAGGAUGCUUGUUCAAACAGUUCUCGCAGAUAAGAAACCAGAAGAAAUUCCAUCAGUUGUGGAAUCACUCUUGAGCAAAGUAAUUAAUGAAUAUGAUUGUCGUAUUGCUAGCCAGAGUGAAGUGGUGAAAGACACUAUGGAACAGGUGAAAGACACUAUGGAACAGGUGAAAGACACUAUGGAUACCAAUGACUGUAACUCAGUUUUGAGAAUGGAUUCUCCGUUUGACACCAAUGAUACUAAGUCAUUAUCCAGAGUGGACUCUCCACAAGUGGAGUCUACUACCCCCAGCGAUCUGGACAAGGCCACUGAAAAUAUUAAGAUGGACGAAGAUGAGCAGAAUGCAUCGAGUCUGACAGAAGAUGUAAGCACAUUAGUACCUCUACCAGUACCAGUACCACUAAGCAAUGAUAUUGUAAUUAAUAUCCCAAAGAUAGUGAGAAAUUUUGAUCAAGAAGAGAAACAGAUCCAGGAUUUGAAAAGUAACAUGUCCACUGUUAAGUCUUUCAUGGAGCAGUUAAAACUGCUGUACUCUGAAGACCUUAAAAAGCUUGGUGAUCAUUUGCGUAUUAUUUCUCAUGCGGCUUCUGGGUACCGCAAGGUUGUUGAGGAAAACCGCAAGCUUUACAACCAAAUACAAGACCUUAGAGGAAAUAUCAGAGUUUAUUGUCGAGUAAGACCUUUCCAUCCUGGAAAAGAAUUUCCCUCGAGCAGUGUUGCUGGAAUAGAAGAUAGAACCAUCACAGUUAUGGUACCAUCAAAACAUGGAAAAGAUGGAAAGAAGUCCUUUACUUUCAACAGUGUCUUUGGGCCUCUGGCCACACAAGCGGAUGUCUUUACAGACAUGCAACCUUUGGUCCGUUCUGUUCUUGAUGGCUUCAACGUAUGUAUAUUUGCAUAUGGUCAAACUGGAUCGGGAAAGACCUUUACAAUGAGUGGUCCCAAAAUUUUGACAGAAGAAGGGCUCGGUGUCAACUACAGAGCACUAAAUGAUCUAUUUGGUAUCCAGGAGCAGAGGAAAGAUACAAUUUGUUAUGAAAUUGCUGUACAGAUGAUGGAGAUAUACAACGAGCAAGUGAGAGAUCUCCUUCAGACUGGCGGAAACAAAAAAUUGGAAAUUCGAAAUAAUUCUCAAAACGGAAUUGCAGUUCCAGAUGCAAAUGUGGUGCCAGUCAGAUCGACCGCUGAUGUAAUUGACUUGAUGAAUCUGGGCCAAAAGAAUCGAACAGUUUGCUCAACUGCCAUGAAUGACCGAAGUAGUCGCUCCCAUAGCUGUCUGACUGUUCAUGUUCAAGGACGAGAUUUAACAUCUGGAACAGUCCUAAGAGGUUGCAUGCAUCUUGUGGAUCUAGCUGGCAGUGAAAGAGUCGAUAAAUCUGAAGUGGUAGGAAUAGGAUUAAAGGAGGCACAGCACAUAAACAAGUCACUGGCUGCACUGGGAGAUGUGAUUGCAGCUCUAGCCCAGAAAAGCACACAUGUUCCUUACAGAAACAGCAAACUUACUCAACUAUUGCAAGACUCUCUUGGAGGACAAGCGAAAACAUUGAUGUUUAUUCACAUAGCCCCAGAACCAGAUGCUAUUAGUGAGUCCAUAAGUACUUUGAAGUUCGCCGAGCGUGUUUCCACUAUUGAGCUUGGAGCAGCCAAGUCAAGCAAGGAAGGAGGAGGAGGAGGAGGAGGAGAAGCCAGAGAGCUCAAAGAACAGAUUGCUUGCCUCAGGGCAGCAUUAGCUAGGAAAGAUGGAGAUCAUGAGAGCAUACGAAGCACUCAAUCGAGCCCAGACAUAUAUAGAAUGGGAACGGGUAAUGCAUCACCUGCGUCCAGGCACCCAAUAGAAGAUGGGAUCAUAGAGAACGACUCAGCAUUGGGAGAUUUGGCUGAACACUCACAGUUCGGGAGCAGCAAUUCCCUACCAGAGUUGGGACCUGAUGCCACACAAGAUCUAGCCUUCUACCAAAGAAGCAACUCCGAACAGCAAUGGAGCUGGUCUGGGUCUGUUGCAACGGAGGAUUCCGAUGAUUUCGAGGUUGCAACUAAUUGCUCGUUAGAGCUGGACUGCGUGAGGCCAUCUAGUGCCCCAAAAGCUUCAGGUUUAUCAAAUGGAGGGGGCACAGCUGUAAAAAAGAUCCAAGUCAAGGGUUCAAAAGGUUCAGACGUUAGGGGAGUGAAUCCUGGAAAAAGGUCAUCGCCAUUACAGAAGAAGCCGAGUGGACCCUCACCGACGCUAAUCAAGAAGGGCGGAGGUGAAGGAAGGAAGACUCCAAAUGGUAAAACAGGAACCAAGAAGUAAGCAACCCAGAUGAAACUUGGUUUUGCUGUGACCAACUUCACCUUGGUUAGGGACAGAUAAACAUGUUGAUACUAUCGGGUGAUACAUUGAUAUUUGCCACACGAAUACGUCAGUCCUCUUAAGGGAGGAGGUCGCUAGAUCUUCGGGCAUCUGCUGUAAAUCACUCGUUGAUUUGUUGUAGUACGAACAGAAAACGGACCACAAAAAACUCGAGGAUGGGAGGAAGAUCAUCAUCACAAGGACGUUUUUGUUAGAUGUAUAUGUUGCUUAGCUUAUUUUUCUCGCUGUGUGUAAGGGCUUCUAUGCCCUGCCCAUGUACAUGUUUGGCUUCUUGCCCCAUGGAAUAUACAAAGCUCAUUUCGCUCUAA